AUGGAUCGUACGAUUGCUGAAAUGAUUGCCCUCCAAAACUUACCCUUUCAUUUUGUCGAAGGUACAGGAUUUCGUAGAGUAAUGCAAGCUGCUCUUCCAAAGUACAAGAUAAGAGGCCGUGAUUUUUUUUCUUCCUAUGUGUGCGACAAUUUGUACAAUAAGUUAGCAAAGAAAACCAAAGAUUUACUUGAAGAAUUUGACAAGUUAUCUUUUACAAGCGACAUAUGGUCGGAACUUCAUUCUGCUGUUUCAUUGCUUAGUUUAACUGCUCAUGGGAUCUCAAAAGAUUUUCGCAAAAAGACUAUAAUUUUGAAAUGUGAAGUCAUGGAUGAACGUCAUACGGGCACCAUAAUAUCAACAAAGUUUCAAACGAUUCUUGAAGAAUGGGGCAUUGAUCGCCAAAAAGUUCACUGCAUGGUUCGUGAUCGUGGAUCCAACAUGGUUAGAGCAAUGCAGUUGUCAGGCUUUGAGGAUAUCAGUUGCGCAAUACACCAAAUUCAGCUGUGCAUACGAGCAGGUGUUGAAUCUCAAGAGUGGCUCCUACAACUUAUUGCUAAAUUGAAAAAAAUUGCCACCCAUUUCAAUCAUUCCUUGGUCGCACAGGCAGAGCUUACAAAAAUUCAAAAGGAACGCCUUAAUCAGUCUCCUCUUUCUGUCAUUCAGGAUUGUCCUACAAGAUGGAACAGCACAUUCUACAUGAUGGCAAGGUUUUCAAAACUCAAAGAUUCGCUUGUCUUGUACCUAAGCGCAAAUCCAAUCGCGAUGAUAUCCCCCGAAGACUGGAUGAAUAUUCAAAAAUUUGUGCAAUUGAUGCAGCCAUUUGAAGAAAUAACAAGAAAUCUAAGUAGUUCUCAAAUCAGUAUUUCAUCAGUCAUACCAUUAAUUCAAGUUCUUAAGACCACAUUACAACAAGAAGAGACGAAACCUAAUACUUCAGAACAAUUCAUAAAUUUUAUAACAAAAUUACGCGAUGAAUUGAAUUCAAGUGUAAGAUUUGGAAACCUGGUCGAAGACGACAAAUACACUAUUGCGACGUAUUUGGAUCCGCGAUACAAAUCGCAUUUUUUCACCAGCGUCAUUGCAGAGCAGGUUGAAUCUAAAUUACUUAAUAUGACGAUUAACACUAUUAGAACCAGACAAUCCAAUUCCAUCCAAGAUGAUGACUGCGAACCUUCCCCCAAAAGAAGCCGAACUCAAAUUGCAAUUGAAGACAUUGAAGUCCAGCCUUCUACUUCCAAAUCAUCAGCAUCAUUGCAAAUAUUGGAAUCGAUGUUAAGUGUAAAUGAAGACCAGGAGGAGGACUCUUCUACAGCUGACGAUGGUGACAAUUUACUUUUAAAGAUACAGUCACACCUUCGGGAGUACAAGAAAGAAAAAAGGCUACCUCUUCAUGAGGAUCCCCUUAUGUGGUGGAAUGGAAAUGCGCACAAAUAUAAUAAUAUUUUGCCAAUAGUUCGCCAAUACUUAUCAGCUCCCCCCAGCAGUGUAGCCAGCGAGCAAUUAUUUAGCGGAGCUGGUUUAAUAUAUGAAGAACAUCGAAAUAGGCUGAAAGGUGAAAAAGCGGCCAAGUCAAAAGACUACCAAACUGAUGCACAACUACCUCUAAUGGAGAUUUCUAAUAUACGACCGAUAGAAAAAAGCAAUAAUGAUAUAAGAGACGACUCUAUAGCAGACUUGACGGAGUCAGAAAAUACUGAAGAUAUCAAUAAAAAUAUUGAGGAGUUUCCCAUUUCGUACGAAAAGGAAGCAGAAAAUUACGAAAAAAUUAUAAACAGAAGAAUUAUUGAUGUCAGCCACUUCCUUUCCGAAUUAAAACGCAUUUCAAACCAUGGACCACUUGGAUGCAGCUUCACUGAACUUCACCUCAUAGCUGAAACCCGAAUUGGUUUACAGUCGAAGUUUACGUUUAGGUGUAAGCUUUGCAAUCAAAAGUUUGUCAUAAAUGGAGACAAUUGCAGUGACAACUACUUAAAUAUUAACACGUGCGCUGUCGCUGGUACUAUUGCAAUAGGUGGGGGGCAUUCACAGUUGGAUGAACUUAUGUCGGCAAUCAACCUGCCAUUGUUAUCUGAAAAGACGUAUUCAGAGAACCAUGAACUGAUUAGUAGGAAAUGGGAAGAGGUUUUAGUAGAAUCUAUGAAUCAGGCUGCCGAAAAAGAAAAACAAUUCGCAAUUUCUAAUGGCGUGUCCAAACAUAGCGCGGCAAUCGUGAGCGGCAUGCCGCGCGCGAUUUCCGCGCUGUGUUUGGACGGCCGCCGCGCACGAAUGCCGCGUGUUGCUGCCGCGCGCGAACGAGGUUGCCGCGCGCGUAGUGUUCGUUCGCGCAAAGAAUAUCAUAACAAUAAUUUAAGAGAAGACAUGUGGGAUGAAAUCGCAAAAAAUUUCGAGCAACCGAAAGCAGUUCUAAAAACCAAAAUGAAAAGUCUUUUAAGCUCAUACAGAAGGGAGAGAAACAGAGAAAAAACGAGUAACAUUACUGGUUCGGAUAGAAACAAGGCCUACAAGUCUAAAUGGUUUGCCUACGAAUCUUUCCACUUUUUGCAUGAUAGGGGUAAUCCUAUUGACACAGUGGAUUGUGGCUCAUCGUCGCAGUCACAUAAUACAGAACAAGGAGCUACAGAACAAGGCGCUACAGAACAAGGCGCUACAGAACAAAGCGCUACAGAACAAGGCACUUCAGAACAAGGCGCUACAGAACAAAGCGCUACAGAACAAGGCACUUCAGAACUAAAUAUGACUAACAUGAAUACUGCAUCUACGAUUCCAACUAAAAGGAAGCCAACAAAGAGAACACACGAAGAUCCGGAGUAUGAUGCCGAGAAUAAAAUGUUAGAAGAUGCAUUGGAAGAAAUGCGAAAACAAAGCGAUAACAGCAACGAUUUAUACGUUGCUUUUGGCAUGCACGUAGCGGCAGAGUUGAGAAAAUACGAUCCCAUAACCUUAGCAAGAGUAAAACAUUCCAUAAAUACUAUAAUAUUUGACGCUGAUAUGGCAUGUAUAAACCAACUCAAUCAGUCUACAAUUCAAGAAAACGAUGAAAGAAGACCAGAUUGUUUGUUGCCAGAAUUAGUGGACCCCCGCUAUCCUCGAGGAUUGACUAUAAGAAAUCCGUCAAACAUAGAAGAGGCAUUGAAAAUCAAAAAAAGAAGUAAAGAAAAUGUAGACCCUAAAUUAAAUUUAAAGAUUGAGUUAUCAGCCGAUAUAGAUAGGAGAAGUGAAAGUGGAUUAAAUGACGAGAUUGAAUUAUCAGUUGAUACAGAUAGCGGAAGUGAAAAUGAAUUAAAUGAUGAGAUUGCAGGUGAUGAACCUUCAGAUGAGCUGAUGAAGGAUGGAGGGUUUGCCUGGUGUCCUCUUGAUAUACCUACAGCAGAAGGGACUCAGCCUCCAGGUACCUCAGAGGCUGUACCAGCCAGCCCCAGUACAGCUUCACCUAUGCCACAUUCCUCAGCUCCUUAUCCUUAUAUUAUAUCUCCAGAACCUCCAAUGGAUGUGGAAUGGCUUGAAGAACAAGUUCCAUCUCCGUUAGGAGAUCCAUUCUCUGAGCCUUCAUCCUCAAACCCACUUCUCCCAGACACAGAGCCCCCUGCCCCAGCCACAGAGCCCCCUGCCCAAGCCACAGAGCACCCUGCCCCAGCCACACAUAUUAUACAGUCAGUCAAUCCACCUGAAGUUGCAUCACCAAGAGAAGAAAAUAAGGCCUCCCGUGCACACGACACCGCAUACCCAAAGGUACAUCACGUAGUCAAAGUAAGUACUAAUUUUUCGAUGUUAUUAUCCACUUAUGUAAGUUACAUUAAUGUUAAAAAAUACUUUUCUGUACGUCGAGAUGAGCGAGUACCACGCUGGGCCUACGACUUGGAGGAAAGGUGCAUUGCUGUUGAGGAACGCAUUGCAUCCGCAUUGGAGGCCAUGGUGGAGUUAAUGAAGGAAACAAAAUGUUGCCACUGGUGGUGGUCCAAGCAGCAGACAAAUUCUCACAACUUCGAAACAAAGAGUGUUGGGGAUAUAGAGUUAGAAGAAAUACCUUCUACGUCAAACACACCAGAUAUACCAUUAGACGUAGCGCUAGAGUCGCUCAUU